CUCUUCUCCGACUUGGCCACUUCCUCCCGAACCCGGCAAACCCCGCGCGCACGGCACGCAUACAGCCAUGGACGAGGCUGAUGAAUCGGACUCGAAUUUGAGCACCCUAUAAAUUCAUUUGGUGGACGCCACUCCCCAGCCGCCGCGUUAUUCGUCAGUUCCAAGAAUCAUCCUCCACCACCGCCUCGCCGCGCCAAGAAUCAGACAGCGCUUUCUUUCCUCAUGUCGGCGGCGACGCGCAAGCGCCCGGCGCCCGACGGCACGGCGGCCGGCGGCGAGAGCAAGCGGGCGCGGAUCACGCUCGGGAGCAUCUACGACUACGAGAAGCUGGAGGUGCUCGGGGAGGGCAGCUUCGGCGUGGUGGUCAAGGCGCGCCACCGCGCCACGGGCGAGGCGGUGGCCGUCAAACGCGCCAGGGCCUCCGACCUCCGCGCCGUCCUCCGCGAGGCCGGCUGCCUGGCCGCCUGCCGCGGCCACCCCUCGGUCGUCGGCAUCCGGGACGUCGUCGAGGACGCCGCCACCGGGGACGUGUUCCUCGUCAUGGAGUUCGUCGGCGCCAGCCUGCGGCGCCUGCUGCGGAGGGCGGCGGCGGCGCGGUUCCCGGAGGCCCGGGCCCGCGCGGCCAUGCGGCAGCUCCUCCGCGGCGCGGAGCGGAUGCACGGCGCCGGGAUCAUCCACCGAGACAUCAAGCCGGACAACAUCCUCGUGGGCGCCGGCGGCGCGGUCAAGAUUUGCGACCUCGGGCUCGCCACGCCGGCGAGGCCCGAGGGAGCGGCGUACCCGGAGCGCCGCGUGGGCACGCUGCCCUACCGCUCGCCGGAGCAGCUCGCGGGACACCGGGACUACGGCCCGGGCGUCGACAUCUGGGCGCUCGGGUGCGUCAUGGCCGAGCUCCUCACCGGCCGGUUCAUGUUCGACGAGGAGACGGACGACGCCAUGCUCGCCAGGGUGACGGAGCUGGGGCGCGCGCUCGGCGAGAAGGGGCUGAAGGCGUUCGACGACUGGCCGGCGUUCCAGGGCCUGCCGGAGCUGUCGCCGGGCGCGCAGGAGGUCCUUGCCGGCCUGCUCGCCGUCGAGCCCCGGGACAGGCUCACCGCCGCGGCCGCGCUCCAGCAUCCGUGGUUCGCCGAGGAGGGGGAGGAGGAGCGUCCUGCCGCCACCUGCGGGAGCGCGUGCAGAGCAGCUCGGAGUUGCAGUGCUAGUGUCGUGACCGUCGUGGUCUGAGAGCCUUUGAGGAUUGAAUCUACUGUUUGUAAUCUUAUUCGUUUGUUCAUUAUUUAUAAUCUUGGUUGUUAUUAGCACCAAUUGGUAUGAUGCAUGAAGAUGCAAUAGUGGUGGCGAGAUAGUGUUAUCUAUUAUCAGUUAUUACGAUUUUCUCUUUGCAGAUAAUUUGUAUUCUAGGUUGCAAAUUCUGCUGUGGUACAAUUUGUGUGAAAAGAUCAGAGGCUGCAACAGAUUGAACA